GGUAGUAGUAGUACUACCUGACCUUAGCCUUGCCGUUCAUAGGCCCAUCCGCACAUGUAUGUAACUAACCUUAGCAAGUGGGCGGGGUUCACAAAUAGCUACCCUAGGUAUAUCUAUAUGUCUGCCUAAUAUAAAGAGAGUCAAAAACCUGCAAUAAUAACUUUCUAUGCCGGUGAAGCGUUUCCUGUUUAAAAUAAAAGACCCGUUGUUACAUAAAGCCCGUCCAUUUUUCCUUAAAAACGGGCCGGCUUGAAAAUUUCUAGUAGAGGAGGUAGGUUGUGAAUGUUGAAUGGGUAUCUAUUACCUAGUCUUCUGCAGUCAUCGUAUAGUGCUACCGUUCAGCUUUCACAGAAUAUAGUAAAUUGUUACUAGUCUAUAGCUAACUCCAUAUUUACCAUGGGGGUGAUGGAAGCUAUAAGGCCAGCCACUGGACAGAGGAGAAGCUUCAUGUUUGACCAUCUUGAACCCAGUUAUGUGCCUAGAUAAGUAAAGUAGUUCGUACGUAAAUGUAGCUGGGGUUAUAGCUUUUUAGCCUGUGAUAUUUUAGUCUCUCGAUCGAAGAUGCCAAGAGAAGAUCGGAUAUCUGAGACAUAAAACCCUGGUUGUCCGCUGUUGGGUUUCGUCUAGCAGCUUUCACGCUUUGCGGUCCUUCUUCAACCAUCAUGGACUUUUCACCGCUCGCCAUCAGCCUAGCGAUCGGCGUAGUUUUCGUGUACAUCGCAAGCAAAGUUGUACAAUUCUUCAAAAAUGGCGGCAACCCCCCGCUACCACCCGGACCGAAGGGGCUCCCUAUUGUCGGGAACCUAAACGACCUCCCCAAGCCUGGCGAGUUCGAAGCGCACCACUGGCUCAAGCAUAAAGAGCUCUAUGGUCCCAUUAGCUCUAUCAACGUAGCAGGACAAACUAUAGUAAUAGUCAAUGAUGCGCAAAUCACGUUCGAGCUGUUAGAGAAGCGCUCGGUGAAGCAUUCAUCACGGCCCAAGCAAGUUUUUGCAGGUGAUAUUGUGGGUUGGGGAAAUGCUCUCGCUCUGUCCCCGUACAACAGUCGGUUCCGAACAUACCGGAAGAACAUGAGUCGCAUCAUGGGCACCAAAGUGACGGUUUCGCAAUUUAACACCCUGCAGGAGGCCGAAGUAAGCCACUUCUUGCUUCAUCUUCUAGAGAAACCGGAGACUCUCGUGCCGCACAUUCGAAAGGAGGCGGGAGCUGUGAUACUGAAGAUCGCUUACGGCUACACAGCCGAAUCACAUAAGGAUGACCUCUUGGUAGACAUGGCCGGUGACGCUAUGGAUAAGUUUGGGCGUGCCGCCGUCCCUGGUGCCUUUGUGGUUGACGUUUUGCCCUUCUUGAGAAACCUUCCCGGCUGGUUCCCAGGAACUGGGUUUCAGAAGCUUGGCCGGCAGUGGAGAGCUGAACUCAAUGAGGUGAUUGAGAAGCCGUACGCAUUCGUCAAGCAUCAGAUGUCCAAGGGCAAGCAUGAGACAUCGUUUCUAUCCCGGCUGAUGGAGUCGGGUGACUCGCAUCCAGAGGAACAGUUCACGAACAAAUGGUCGGCCAUGGCUCUGUAUACCGCUGGGGCUGAUACCACCGUGUCUGCAAUCGCGACCUUCUUUUUAGCUAUGACACUGUACCCGGAAGUCCAACGAAAAGCACAGGAGGAAAUCGACCGAGUCGUGGGGCCCGACCGGCUCCCCACUAUGGAGGAUCGCGAGCAUUUACCGUACAUUGAGGCCACUGUGAAGGAGGUUCUGCGCUGGCACCCCGUCGCGCCGAUGGCUCUCCCGCAUACAAGCACCCAGGACGACAUCUGCGAGGGGUACUUCAUCCCGAAGGGAAGCAUGAUUUUAACGAACGUUUGGCACUUCACACACGACCCUGACGUCUACCAAGACCCCAUGACAUUCCGGCCAGAGCGAUUCCUAGACACAGACGGACACAAGCCAGAGCCGGACCCAAGAAUCUUCGUAUUCGGCUUCGGGCGGCGCAUCUGCCCCGGCCGUCUUCUCGCCGACAACGCUCUCUAUCUCAACGUGGUCAAAACGCUAGCCGCGUUCGAUAUCAGUAAGCUCAUAGAGAAUGGGAAGGAAAUAACACCAGAAGCUCGGUUCGAGCCGGGCGUGGUCAGCCACGCGGUGCCGUUCAGGAAUGCUAUCAAGCCUCGGUCUGCUCACCAUGAGAAGCUGGUCAGGGCAAUUGAGGACACGUAUCCGUGGCAGGAGAGCGAUAGCAAGAUUUUGGAGAGCGUUCACUAUGAUGUAUAGGUAACCUAGGUUAGUAAAUUUACUUGGAAACAACAACAUCAAAAAUCAAGUAAAGAAGUCGAAAAGUAUGUAUGUCUGUUCAAAUAUUGACGUGACCUCAACAAUUUAACUUCUAAAACCACAUGCAGUUCAAAUCUUUCUGUGGGUACCCAGUACCAUCCAUCAAUUCAAAGUUUCUACUAUGUACAAGUACACAUACAUGUAUGAUACAGAGCACGUUAUUCAAGGUUUACUAGCCAGGUUCAAACGAAACCCUCAAUAAGUCACCGGCUC